UGCACAUGCCAUGCUCUUUCCAAACAGCUGCCAUAAAGAUCCACAGACAACUGUUUUUGAGAAUGGGAAGAGUCAGAUGGGUCGUUUUGCCUUCGAAGUGUUCCGUUUUGUCAAACACAGACACCAGAAGAUGUCCACUGUGUUUCUGCACUGUGUCACCAAGCUGUGUCGGGUAGAUGACUGUGUCCUGCUCAUGCCGAUCUGUGGCCAUCGGCGUAGGAGGGACGUAGAGGAUAGCCUGGAGUCUAGGCCGUCGUCUGGGGAUGCCAUCAUCACUGCUGGACCCAUCAUUACCAGGAUUGAUGAAACUCCAAUGAAUAACUCACAACUUGCUGCAUCGAGUGGCCACUCCCUCCCGUUGAACCCAGUGACCAGUGCUCUGCUGUCAGGUGUGGUCAUUCUGGGCGUGUUCAGUCUGGGCUUCUUCCUGCUCUCGCUCCGCCUCCUCCGUAGACCCCGUCUCCCUACAGCCACACCCUCAGGAGCAUGGAACCCUGGCUUCAAAUAAACCUCUCGUGGGUGUUCUCUCUCUCUUUCUCUUUCUCUCUCUCUCUCUCUCUCUCUCUCUCUCUCUCUCUCUCUCUCUCUCUCUCUCUCUCUCUCUCUCUCUCUCUCUCUCUCUCUCUCUCUCUCUCUCUCUGUCAUUAUAUCUGACUCAUUCUCCCCCUCAUUUUUUUAUCCAUCUAACUAUAACUAAUACCUACAGUAUGUAUUUGCACUGUAGCUAAAAUAGGCAGGUGCAGUGUAAUUGGUGUGAAAAUACGAUGCAGGAUGUCAAUAACUCACAGUAGACAUAACUGUGAUCUCAAACAAUUAUUCUAGAGUAAGAGGUUUAGCCACAAGCAAUAGUUUCACUAUGUGCCUAUGUACCUACCAAGUAAAUACAUCAAUACAUAAUAGGGACAGUUAUUGUGGAACGGGACCUGUAUUUUCUGAAAGGUUUACUCUACCUUCCUUGAAUGUGUACUUACUCUCCAUUUCGCUAACUUACUCUUAUCUGUCAGCUGUAACAGUCACUGUCAUGCCAAACUCUGUCACACAUGCACGUGUACAUGUACAUACACAUACUCAAGCGCAUAUUGAUACUGUAAAUAUUUCAUUCCUACUUUGUGUACAGGGGAACAGUAUAUGUUCAAUAAUAAUAAUGUUAUGUCCUGUUUUCCUUGUUUUGUUCUGAUCCUUUGAUAGGCCCGUGUAUUGUUUUACAGGUAGUGUGUAAUAAAACUGACCCAGGUCAGUAUGUGAGGCUGAUCUCCCAUCUUUUCAAUACCUUAGUGUCUUUUUGUCAUCCAUUGCUUGGCACGGGGUCAGUUACAUUAAAGAAAUAAAGGGUCAUUCAAAUAACCCUGACACCUGGGGAUGACUGAUACUGUCCUCUACAAAGGCCAGCACCAAAACAUUACUUGUAGCUAUUUCUAUAACACACUGCCUAUUUUAACCUGAGAAAAGGUAGGCUUAAGUAUAGUACUAACAUGUGAGGAGAGUUGAAGAAGUGAUUCAUCAUUCUAUAUGUAUGAUCAUGAUGAAUAUUUAUAUACCAUAUGUACAGUACUUAUUGGUUUUAAGUAUGGCUGAAAUCCUGACUUCCACAUAACUUGAAUGUUUGUGAAAGUUUUUGCCAUCAAUGCUUAAUUAAAGAAAACUCCAAUAACUUGCUCAAGUCAGGAUUUCACCCUGUGCUUAUUAUAUUUGAGGAUGAUGUGUUUUUUCCCCUUUUUAGGGAAUGUGCUAUUUGAUGUGGAAAGUUAAACAAAGAACGCAAUAAUAAAUUUACUAUAAUUACUUAAUUUCGUAUUAUGUGUUUAAAGUUAUAAUCAUGUUGAUAGGAGUUACA